AUGGCCAAUAAUGGUAUGGUUCCCUUCCAAAUUCCAACACUCAACAAGAACAACUAUGAUAAUUGGAGUAUCAAGAUCAAGGCUUUGCUUGGUGCCCAAAAUGUGUGGGAGAUAGUGGAGAAAGGCUACAUCGAAUCAGGGAAUGAAGGUGGUCUAACUCAAAACCAAAGAGAAAAUUUGAGAGACUCAAGAAAGAGAGACAAGAAAGCUCUCUAUCUAAUCUAUCAAGGAUUAGAUGAUGAUGCAUUUGAGAAGAUCUCGAAAGCCAAAUCAGCUAAAGAAGCAUGGGAGAAGCUUCAAAUCUCCUACAAGGGAGCUGAUCCAGUCAAGAAGGUGCGGCUUCGGACCGUGAGAGUUGAGUUUGAAAUGCUGAAUAUAAAGGAAGGAGAAGUCAUAUCUGAUUAUUUUUCUAGAGUUUUGAUGGUGACCAAUCAAUUAAAAAGGAAUGGUGAAAAAUUGAAUGAUGUUAAGAACAUGAAGAAAAUUCUUAGAUCAUUAGAUUCAAAGUUUGAUCAUAUUGUUGCCAUUAUCCAAGAAACAAAAGACUUGGAAGCUAUGUCAUUGGAGCAGCUUUUGGGUUUAUUGCAAGCUUAUGAAGAAAAGAAGAAGAAGAAGGAAGGAAUAGUGGAACAAUUGUUUAAGACCCGAAUUGAUGCAACUAAAGAGGAAACUAGCAGCUAUCACAAUGAUCGAAGCCAACAAGGAUGA